AUGCAGUCUGAUGGCUUGCUGGAUGACUAUGAACUCUGGUCUCACGGAGUGCGCAUUUUUGCUGAAGAGCAGGUUGGUGUAAAGCGCUUGGUCACUCGCCCGCAGUGGCAAAUUGAUAACUCUAGCCGCUUGGAAGAAUUGAGUCGCAAGCGCUUGCGGGCGUAUGAAGCGUUUGCUAAUGGAGGGCCUCGGGAUGUUUACAAGUCUGAGAAAGUCGACAAUAAAGAACCACAUGUGGUCUAUGCGGGGCAACGAGAAUUAAAAGAGGUUUUGUUCAAUCGUCGUCGACGGCCAAACAAGCUGCGCGAUGCCAAGGGCCAGUUGUUGGUCACCAAGGCCGAUAGGAUGCAGAGAUGGUAUGAGUAUUUUAAAGAUCUGCUCAAUGUACACGGUACUUGCAAAGACUCCAACUUUGACUUCCUACCAGUACUUUCUGCUAUCGGAGACUUGCCCAGUUUUGCUGAAACAAUCGUCGGGAAGUGGAACGGGAGUCGGAAGGAGGGGUUGAAGCAAGGUUGUCCAGCCUCGAGGAUGGACCACGUGGCAAAGGAACUCGGCCCUCCCGCCUGCCCAGAGGCAGAGGCUGCGAUGCGCUUACUCCUGCCGUCGAGUGUCGCGGUCGAGGCGGUGCAGCACGGGGACCCUCAAGAUGGCAAGCCCUGGCCAGUGGUUGUGCUUUUCAGAAACAGUGAAACAGCGCAGAACACGCGUGAUGUUUGGUUACAGAACGCGCUUCGCCCGCUGCUCGGAAAGGACAAGGACCUGGGGCUUCGACCUGCGCGCUACCCGCGCCUGAUGAGCGUGGUGAUGGUACCCGACGUCGAGUGUGACGAGGACAACAGGGUGGGCUCCAGGCUGGCGAUGUCCCUGGCAAAGCCGAACCUCCACCUCACAGAAGGAGUGGCAGUUGUCAUGAAUGAGGCGACGCAGGUGGCGUGGAGACGUGCAGAACUGGCAGCCUUCAACAAUAAAAUGCAGUCUGCCGCGGCGGAUGGCUUGCUGGAUGACUAUGAACUCUGGUUUCACGGAGUGCGCAUUUUUGCUGAAGAGCAGGCCGAUAGGAUGCAGAGAUGGUAUGAGUAUUUUAAAGAUCUGCUCAAUGUACACGGUACUUGCAAAGACUCCAACUUUGACUUCCUGAUCAUCCCCUGUUUGUGGUCUUUGGAUUUGGUGACAGCGUAUGACAGUGUGGUGCGUAGCGGCUUAUGGAAGGAUCUUUACAAGUAUAGCUCGUAUGAGCCUUGCGAUCGUGCUGAGCUGGGCUAUGCAGAUGACCUG